AUGAGGCGUAUCCCAGGAAUGCCGAUCCCAACCAAGAAGAGCAGACCGAAUUGUUACGCCGAUUCACCUUUUGCAGACGAGAUCGCCCUGGCUGACAUGCCCCAGAAAUUCACUAUCCCCAACAUGAAACCAUAUGACGGUACCACUGACCCGGACGACCACAUAGCCUCAUACAAGCAGCGGAUGUUCACUGUUUCCAUACCCCGACCGCUUAGAGAAGCCUGCAUGUGCAAAAGUUUCGGUUCUAGUUUGUCCGGCCCGGCGCUCCAAUGGUACACGAACCUCCCGAACGGAUCCAUCGAUUCAUUCGCUCAGCUUACUGACACCUUUGUGGAACAGUUCGCCAGCAGCAAGAAGCUAGAGAAGUUGUCGGCCGACUUGUACCGAGUAUACCAACGAAGGGGGGAACCAUUAAGAGAGUAUGUUAGCAGAUUCAACAAAGAGAAGAUCUCUAUUCCUUCCUGUAACCCCGAGACUGCUGUGGACGCUUUCAGAAAAGGCCUCCUCCCAGAUGGAGAACUAUACAAAGAGCUUACAAAGCUGGGCUGCACCACCAUGGAAGACGCUCUGGCCCGAGCCGUUAUCCAGAUAAGGUGGGAGGAAGAUGAGAUGAACCGAGCCGCCCAUUCCAGAUACGAACCAAGGCGGAACGACAGGAAGCCAGAGCCUAGACCGGUAGAACACCGCUACCAACCCCCCGCACGGAAUCUGGGCAGAGCCAGGAGACCAUAUGACCGCCGACCCUUGAGAAGUGAUAACAGGCAUUUGGGAUCGAACCAGUUCAAAAUACCAGAAUACAGUCUUAGCAUCGAACCAACCCAGGUCGUAGCGAUAAUGAAAGGAAUGGGAUCCGCUGUCAAGUGGCCUGGUAAGCUCAAUCCCGAGGCCAGGAGAGACACAACCAAGUGGUGCGAGUUCCACAAUGAUCACAGGCAUAACACUGCAGACUGCAUCACCUUGCGGCUCGAGGUUACCGCACUUCUGAAGAGAGGACAUCUCCGUGAUCUACUCACUGAUAAGGGAAAGAACACCAUUAGCCAGAAAAGCUCCAAACAACAGUCGCCCCCUCUGCGAGAACCCACACCGAAGGGUUUCUGCUCGCUAAUCUCCGGAGGAUCAGAAAUCAGUGGGGUAAGUUACUCAUCAGCGAAACGGCAUGCUAGAACUAACCACCAUGAAGUCCAAUCCGUCCACCCGGUCUCGAGGACAUACUCCCAUCAGGUAAUUCAGUUCGAGGAUGACGAACCGAUCACCCUAGCCGCUCCUUACCACGACGCUUUAGUCCUCUCCCUGCAAAUAGCCAACAUCCUAGUGAAAACAGUGUUCGUAGAUGGGGGUUCGUCAGCAAAUAUCCUAUUCCUCGAAGCAGUCAAAACAAUGGGGCUGGAAGAAGCAAAUAUCAACAGGCGACCGACACUGCUAGUAGGAUUCAGCUCGGAGCAGAAAUAUACUAUCGGGGAGAUCACCCUUCCUAUCUAUGUCGGCGGAGUAAACAAACAGACAGUCUUCCUGGUGAUCGACUGCCCAUCCCCCUACAACGCCAUUUUGGGCCGCCCCUAG